GUGUAUGAGGGCGUUGUACCAGCAGUAGCAGAACGCGUCGUGCUGCACAAGCUGGUGUUAAUGCAUGCGCCAUUCGCGCCCCUCAGGCCCUCCAACCCCCGCCCCCUCCGCACGCCUGCUGCGCGCGCCAAUGUGACGCGUAACGGUAAGCUAGCGCAGCGCAGGACAUGCGCGAGUGGCCGCACCAGCGG